GCUAAAAAGCCCAGUGAACAAGACAGCCUUGACGCUGAUUGCUGUGAGCUCCUGUAUCCUGGCCAUGGUGUGUGGCAGUCAGAUGUCCUGUCCACUCACCGUGAAGGUGACUCUGCAUGUGCCUGAGCACUUCAUUGCAGACGGGAGCAGCUUUGUGGUGAGUGAAGGGAGCUACCUGGAUGUCUCAGACUGGUUAAACCCGGCCAAGCUGUCCCUGUAUUACCAGAUCAACGCCACCUCCCCGUGGGUGAGAGACCUCUGCGGGCAGAGGACGACAGAUGCCUGUGAGCAGCUCUGCGAUCCAGAAACUGGAGAGUGCAGCUGUCAUGAAGGCUAUGCCCCCGACCCGGUUCACAGACACCUGUGUGUGCGCAGUGACUGGGGACAGAGUGAGGGACCUUGGCCUUACACUACACUCGAGAGGGGCUAUGACCUAGUAACAGGAGAACAAGCCCCUGAAAAGAUUCUCAGGUCUACUUUCAGCUUGGGCCAAGGACUCUGGCUUCCUGUCAGCAAAAGCUUUGUGGUUCCGCCUGUGGAGCUCUCCAUCAACCCUCUGGCCAGCUGCAAGACAGACGUGCUCGUCACGGAAGACCCUGCGGAUGUCAGGUAG